CGUGUGGUGGCUCAUCGUAAAAGGUUUCCGAUCCCUAGAAACCUUUGAUUCCACUUAUCCAAAUAGUCACCGAGAUGUCUUCGCCCGCCCCUACUGCUUCAACCUCCGUGUCCAGUGCUGCUCCACCCCAACGGCCGCGUGCUUUAAUCCUCACGGCUUGCCAGACCGACGACGUCUCCCUCAUCUCCCAAGCUCUCUCGCUUGCCUCCUCAGACUCGCGCGACACUGUCCCAGAACUCUUAUCCCGGGCCGUCACGCAAUCCAUUCGUCGAAACGCAACCAACGUCCUAACGUACGUCCUCAACCAUGGCGCGGAAGUGCCUGCAUAUUCAAGUCUCAACAUUGAGGACCAUUCCAAAGCAAUCUUCGAAAUCCUAGUCGCUCACGGCUGGGACAUCAACGCCCGACGUCCUGGAGAUCGACCGUUGUUGUGGGAAGUAGUUGGCGACGGAGACCUCGUCGCAUGGUGCCUGGACCACGGCGCAACUGCAAUUCCGAAUGAUCUUGGCCCCGCUAGCGAUGAUGAGCGCAGAAAAGACGAAUAUGGCUGCCCUCCGCUACUAGAAGUUGCUGCGUCACAGAGCACAGUGGCGACUUUCGAGCUUCUGAGGUCGAAAGGCGCACAGCUAGGUCGGCGGACGCUACAUUUCGCUGCAAGAGCAGCGAUCAAGAGCGGAGAUAGAGAGGGAGAGCAACCGCAAAUGCUGGAUAAAGACCGCGCGAAACUGCACUCGGAGCGCAUGGCUGUGGUAGUUCAUCUCGUAGACGCGCUCGGGCUGGAUCCGAACGCGUUAGACCAGCCUGCCGGGUGGUCACUAGGAAAUCAUUGGGGAACGCCGCUAUGUUACGUCGCACAUUCGAAUCCCAACUGGGACUGCAGUGAGGUUGUCACGUUUCUGCUGCAGAAGGGUGCAGAUCCGGGGCUUGUCAUGGACCCUGCUGGCUGGGACGCGGUGGAGCUUGCGAGGCGGUCCAAGAAUCAGCGGUUCUUGGACCUCAUAGAGGACUGGAAAGCAAACCGGCUAGAGCGAAAACCGGGUGCUUGAGAGCAAAGUAACGAAGUUUCGGUUAAGAGGAAUUCGAUAAAGGCGUCAAGCCUUGUUAGAAAGUAGCGUAUACCCCUUCAAUAUUGGGUAGGAUUGCGUCAACGAAGACUUCAACAAUUGACUGACAUGCUGUUCACUCCUGAAGCUGAUAGCGAAACGACUUCAAGGUUCUUUCGACAACUCGACUUGAAGUGAUUAGAUUGACAUGAUAUGAAACGCUUCUCCUGGACAUCAACUUUACCAGACUGUCAAUGCUAC